AUAAGCUACAAACGAAGCUAAGAUCCGAAGGUGGUAUUAAGGCUUUGUUAGGAAUUGUGCGGUGUGGCCAUCCUGAUGUUCUUUCCCAAGUUGCACGUGGAAUUGCAAACUUUGCAAAAUGCGAGUCCCGAACAUGUACUCAAGGGAUAAAGAGUGGAAGAUCUCUCUUGAUAGAAGAUGGUGCACUUCCAUGGAUUGUACAAAAUGCUAAUGACGAGGCUGCACCAAUCCGGCGCCACAUCGAGCUUGCACUCUGUCACCUAGCCCAGCAUGAAGUGAAUGCAAAAGACAUGAUUAGUGGAGGUGCCCUGUGGGAACUAGUUCGUAUUUCUCGGGACUGUUCACGAGAGGACAUAAGGAGUCUUGCUCAUCGAACUUUGAAUUCAAGCCCCACUUUCCGUGCUGAAAUGCGACGGUUACGGAUAGACUACUGAUUAGAAAGCAGUGUGAUAGGCUGCAUUGAAUAUACUUGUUGUCUCCAGUCAUUGACACUGAUGUGCACACAGAUUCGUGAUGCUGCUGUAUAGGCUUGGGCAAGAAUUGUGUCUGAUUAUUCUGACAUGCCUAAUAAGGGGCAUGACCGGGUGAAUUCCUCGCAAUUUUUGUGUAAAGUAAGCGAGGCUUCAGUUUAUAUCUCUGUUUAGCUAGCAUCUGUGUUUAUAGAAGAACAAAUUAAAGGGAAAGAUUUUUAGCUGCUUGAGGGUUAGUCGAGACUCUCCCUUUUAGAUCAUGAAAGGUAGAAGACAAGCUCGAAACUUCAGCACGUCUUUUCCAUUGUUGUAUUGAUUUAUUGAUAUAAGCCAAUGAUAGUCGUCAUUCUUUAGUUUUUUUAA